AUGUCUUAUCAAUCCGACCGCCUUCACGGCCUGGGCAUCUCCAACGGAUCGCCAAUGGCUCAGCAGCCUUACAACUCGUCUCCUGCAUCGUCGCCUCAACGCCAGCAGCAGUGGACAAACACUGGCACCGGCUCCCCCCAGCGUUCCCCAGUGCGGUCGUCGGCUCCGUCACGCGCACCCACAACCCCAACCAGGCUUCAGAUCCACCAGCCCAGCAACAGUGCUGCCAGCCCCGUCGCUCAGCCCCAGUUUGCUCUUCGUCCUACCCACUCGACUCGUGGUUACUCCCUGCCCCCUCCCGCGCCACCACCUUUUGCUCCAGCUACGAGCUCGCCUUUGAAGCCUCGGGCCGAUAACAGUGCGGCAUAUGGCCAAAUGCGUCAAUACGCAGAGCCCGCGUUCGAGGAGUAUGAGAACAGCCCAAAGAGGACCACUCCCUCUCGUCCAACCUCGAAGGAGAGCGGCAGUUCGAGUCAUUCUCGCCAGGUUCGCCAGAGUAAGAGCACGGAGAUGCUCAAGCGCCUCUCGUGUUCUCAGACCAACAGCCAGCGUAGCACGUACCAAGAGUUCUCGGACGACGAGGAUGACGACCCGGAUGAGCGUCUCCGACUCCCCACCAACUACCGCAACAGCCCUCGCUCAUCUGUUGGCGCUGCGUCCGGACUCCCCGACGGUUCGCCUGCCAGUAGCAACCAGACCAGAGGCAGUGUGCGCUCGGGCAGCAACGUCCCCGGUUCCCCGCCCAGCAGCUCGUCGGACACGUUCCACUCGGCCAACGAGGACCAAGGGCCGCUCGUUCAGCCAGGCUACUCAUCGUCCAGUGACUCGGGUGCCCAACACCGUGGCUCGCCUACCCGCAGCAGGCCGCAUGCCGCCCAGGCUGCACCGAGCAGGAAGCAGCGUCCCAAGUCGGAAAUGAUCCUCAUGCGCAAGCACUCGCAGAAUGAGGCCCUCCUCGCUGCCGAGACGGGUGGCAUGGUUCAGCUCCACGGCGACCUCUUCUCCACUGCUAACAAUGGGAUAAUGGGCCCCGCCCCUAACGUUCGCUCACCUGUGAACGUUGCCCCCGGAUCGCACGAGUUCCCCAACGGUGCCAAUGUGACCAACCGCAUGUCGAUGCAGUCUACACCCAGCAGCUCUGAGCAACACUCCAGCUCGGGCUUUGGCGGUUCUUCGUACUCGCACACUGGCAGCUCUGGAUUCUCUCACAACGCAGCCGAACUCGUGCGCAACCACAACAACAACUCGGGCUUUGACUUUCCUCAGCAGCUCAGCGCCUCCUCAUCCCUUGCGUCCGGUGCUAGCGGCGGCACUCGCCACAAGCGCAGCUACUCUGACGGCGAAGGUCUCGCCGCUCUUGCUCGUCAGGGCACCCUCCUCCACCCGGCCAGCUCGGAGGCGCGUGCAGCCAUGGAACUCGACCUCAUGCUCGGCAAGCCCCGUUCACGUCGUCUGUCCGGCAGCCGUCUGCUUCCCGCCCCUGAAGGCGACAAGAAGAGCAAGGACAAGGUCCGUCUCGAGGCCAGCAAGAAGUCGCGGGCCCGCGUCGAGCUCGAUGUCGUCAUUGAGCGCGAGUGUGUGGUUGAAGGCGGCGAGCUCCGCGGUCGUCUCGAGAUUGUCGUUCGUGGCGGCAAGAAGAACAAGGACCUCCGCGUUGGCGCGGGCAAGAUUCGUGUGCUUGGAUUUGAAGAGUUGCCUGGCAACGCGUCCAACUCCCGCCACAUCUUCUACCAGCACCAGUACCCAUUGCCCGCUUUCCAAGAGUCGCGUAACGUCGGUCCCAGUAUGAGCCUCUUUGCUGAUGCUCCCGAUGAGGAGGGCUUCUGUCUGGCCAGGGAGGGCACCCACGCCGUUCCCUUUGCCUGCCCCCUCCCCAUCGGUGGUGGUGCCAAGGGCUCGUACACCUCGCCCACCGCCAAGGGCCCCAACAUUCGCUACGUUGUUGUCGGCAGUGUCAAGCUCCACAUUCCCAAGACUGGCAAGCGCGCCAUUGCGCACUUUUAA